UCAGCUGCUCUGGGGCCGGCUGGAAGUUGGUGAAGGUCGGCCGCCCUCCUCCUUCUUGACGGCCUUCUUGAUGGCGAUGAGUGCUGCAUUCUGGCUGGGAGGGGCGGGGAGAGCGCCGUCGUCGUCUCGCAUCGAGGGGCCUGGCGUCUUGGCGAGGGCGGUGUUGGCCAGGUCGAUGAGGUAGGCGUCUGGGUCGUCGGAUAUGGGGUCGCGAUAAACCCGCGCUUUCUUCAGCGUGGUGGCUGCAGCGUGGAGGCCACGGGCAAGCAUGGCGACGGACUCCAGUGCGACGAGGGGGCUGCCGGGGUCGUCCCAGGGGUUGUCGUCCCCGAUGUCGGCCAUGUUGUAGCCGUGCUUCGAUAUCAGCUCAUGCAAGCUGGCGUAGUGGCCUGACAACGGACAGAAAAAGAUAGAUAUCACUUGGAUCACAUGUACCGGCGUGCCGCAUUGCUUUCUUUUUUCCUUGUUGCUCACCACUAUUCAGAUACUGCUCCUCAAGGUACACACACUUCUGAGGCGGCGAGUCGGAGGUCUGACGGUAGGUGGCGCCAUCUCGAGGAUGGGUUGCGGCGUCGUUGAGCCGUGGGCAUGGCCGUCGCUCUCCUCCCCCCCUCCCUCCCUCCCUCCCUCCCUCCUUCUCCCACUUGGCGUCUAUCAUGGCCAGCCGCUGCCGCUCCAACUCCAUCUCCUCAUACACCGUCUUAAACACGCCCUUCGUCGACUCCGAGAGGACUCCGAUCUUGAACAAGCUGACUCGGAUCUUGAACGCCCCUCAUGCAUGCGGGAAUGGUCGAGAGACACGUACAUGGAAAUAUAAAAUGUAGGCAGCGAUGAUGAAACACUCCCUCCCUCCCUCCCUCCCUCCUUCCUUCCGUCUGGGUCGUUGUUGAGCCCUCAAGGCAGCGGCUGUUGAUGAGCAGGUUGUUGAGCCCGUGGUCGGGGCAGACCAUGCCGUACUUCUCCUGUGCCCUCUUUAGCACGGUGGCUGCCGCGUGGCGGCCACGGGCGAGCGUCGCGACUUUUGCCAGUGACUCGAGGGGGCUGUCCGGGUCGUCCCAGGGGUUGUUCUCCCCGAUGUCGGCCAUGUUGCGGCCCACGCCCUGCCAUAUCAGCUGGUACAAGCUGGGGUAGUUGUCUGACAACAGGCAGACAUCACUUGAUCACAUGUACCGGCGUGCCGCAUUGCUUUCUUUUUCCUUGUUGCUCACUGUUCAGGCACUGCUGCUCAAGGUACACAUACUUCUGGAGCGGCGAGAAGGGGUCCUCACGGUAGGUGGCGCCAUCUCGAGGAUGGGAUGCGGCGUCGUAGAGCCGUGGACGGAGCGGUCGCUCUCCUCUCCACUCCCUCUGCCACUUGGCAUCCAUCAUGGCCAGCCGCUCCCUCUCCAACUCCAUCUCCUCACGCACCGUCUUAAAUACGCCCUUCGUCGCCUCACAGAGGGAGGCUAUCUUGAAGGCCCGCCCGUCGCCGUUGAUGCAGCCGGCCCGGACGACGCCGGGCGUGCCUUCGCCCAGCAGGGACGGCAGCCGUAUCUGUGUGCCGUCGGGCUUGGUCAGAAUGGGCGCUUGGUACUUGUCGCAAGGGCCUUGGUGCUGCCAGUAGGUGUGCAU